GUUUCCAUUUCCAGUUGCGGCAUUCUCUUCGCAUACGCCGCGGGCGGUAUGCUCUCUGCGCACGCGCUGUCUCUGUCUAUGGCGGCGCCGCCUAGCGUGUUGCUAGUCUCGUUGCUAUGGUUACCGGAGACUCCUUCGUUCCUCAUCAGUGUUGGGAGGAUACAGGACGCGGCAAAGGUGAUAUGCUGGUUCGACGGCUCCGACUUCAGGGAAGAUUUGACUGACGUCAUCGAGCAGCAAGAAGUCAAGAUCAGAACUUCAGACUGCUACGGAAGACGGGAGGCGAUGAGGAGGCAGGAUUCUGAUACGUUUCAGCCGAUGCUGAAGAGGAGCAGUGGGUUAGACUCCAAUUGUGAUAAGAAGGCAGAGCAGUCGGCUUGCAGGAAGUUGUUCCGUCACCGAGUCCCACGCCGCGCCCUCUGCUCAUGCAUGGUGUUAGUGAUGGCGGCGGCCGGUAGCGGUGCGGGUGCCGUCAACAGCUUUGCGGCAGCUGUGUUGCGGCACACAGCACACACGGUGCCGCGGCUCAACCUUACUGCAUACAACUUUACUAUCUACAACGGAACUGUGCCCCGUCCCUUAUUGGAUGCAUCUGAGGCUGGAUCUAUGCUGUGCGGAGCAGCACUGGUUUUGGGAGCCGCUGUGGCUACUAUCACAGUCGACAAGCUUGGGAGAAAAAUGCUUUUACUCUGGUCCUGCUCCGGCAUUGCCUGCUGUCUCGCCAUCCUCGGAGUAUACUGCGACCCUCGGCUUCGCAUGUACUCCUGGUACCCCCACCGCCUGUGGCCUUACAGAAGAAGCCCUAUCGACCAUAUCAGGGGCAAACACAUAGAAAUACCUCAAAACUUGACUGCUUACGUCAAUGAUAACGUUACUAAUAAUUUAAUAAUGAAUACUACAGAGUCUGAGAAAUCUUGGCAUAGAAUCGGUGAAGACACACACAAUUCUAGUCAUGGUGGUGUCUUAUGGGGCAAGAAAGAGAAUGAUGAAGUAAAAGCAAGUGAAGACGAAACGAUGAUGGCCCCAAUAUUACUGUUAUCAGUGGUGCUCUUCCUUUACAAUAUAGGGUUAGGAUCUGUGCCGUAUGUACUGAUUUCGGAGCUGUUUUCUAUAAAUGUUCGAAGCCUCGCGUCCAGUUUCAUCAUCUCUUGGAUGUGGCUCAGCAGCUUUCUCCUUCUUCGCUACUACGGGACUAUUGCCGUCUCUCUCGGACUCCACAGUACCUACUAUAUCGGCGCUGGCGUCACUCUACUAGGCUCUUUGUACACUCUACUAUUUAUACCUGAAACUAAAGGAAAAAGUCAGGAACAGAUAGACGAGGAGCUGGAAGGACCAUGGAUUGUUUUGAAGAAGAAGAAGAAUAGACGAUGACAGAGACCUUCAAGGGUUUUGGCACUGAUUUGUCUGUGAAAAGAGGUUGAAAUCAGCUGUUGGGGUCAAUGACACGAGUUUCCGAGAAUGCAGGAUUCAUAUCUAGAGAGUAACGCCAUCUGUUGACUGAUUGUAAGAACACAACCAGAUCGUUCUUUGUUCCGUAACUUGGAGAGAAGUUCCUAAAAAGGAUACGUCAUGUCGUAAGUCGUGGUCAUAUUUCCUAAACCAAUUUAAAUGCAGAGGUAAAAUAAGGCUCAGGCUACAUGCAUGCAAAAUUAUCUUCAAAUCAUUAUAAGAUUUUACCUUUCGCGUUCCAUUUGGACUAUAGAAAGACACGGGUUUUAACGCGACAUUUAUGACUGAGUUACAUUAUGUACUCACGGUUUGACUUUGGGCUGUUCAAUGCUGCAGCCGUGGUCACAAGCAGA